GUGCUGGCCGAUUAAAAUCCUAUCUCCAAAUCGCAUGCAUUUGUGGGAUUCCCUUCAAACCAAAUCAAUUGGCUCAAGGUCACUCCCAAAUUCCAGCUACUUAUCAAACCACCACCUUUCGAUAGCUCCAGCCUCCAGCCACCGAAUGGUAUGCACACGUGUCAAACAUCCAGUUCGUCAGUCGUUGCCACCCAACCCAACCCAGAUAAUAUGCACAGCAAGGUCAACCCUCUCUAGUCUUAAACCACCCAAAACUCUUCCUCGCAGUUCCCACCUGAAAACCAGUAGCCACAACCAUAAUGAGCUAAAUGUUAGCCACCGACGAGUUCACCAAUCACCAUGGCCGGCCGGAGCCGAGUAUCCCGAGAGUGUUAACCAUACUCUCUUUCGUGCUGGAGAAGUUGGUUGCUCGAAAUAACACGCUUGCAGAUGGCCUGAGCCAGCAACUUGAUGGACAGAGUUGUGGCUCGGCUGGGAUUGGGAAGAGCUUGAAUGUGUUUCAUGGCGUGAGGGCACCAAGCAUAAGCAUACCCAAGUACUUGGAGAGGCUCUACAAGUACACGGAUUGUAGCCCUUCAUGUUUUGUGGUUGGGUAUGUGUACAUAGAUAGGCUGCUUCAUAAGCACCCUGACUCUCUUGUGCUGUCCUUGAAUGUCCAUAGAUUGCUGGUCACAAGCGUUAUGAUUGCUUCUAAGAUGCUAGAUGAUGUGCAUUAUAACAAUGCAUUUUAUGCCCGGGUUGGCGGAGUAAGCAACGCUGAAUUGAACAGACUAGAAGUGGAGUUGCUUUUCCUGCUGGAUUUUGGUGUCAUGGUGAGCUCUAGAGUUUUUGAGAGUUAUUGCUUCCAUUUAGAAAAAGAAAUGAUGCUCAAUGGGGCAUGCCAAAGGAUUGAAAGGCCAUUGUUAGUCCUCAGUGAUGUGGCCGAAAUACGGGAAAAUUCUCAGAGUUCCUUACCACCUCAGAUAUCAGAAAACACAAAGAGUUCCUCACCACCUAAGAUUGUGGACUGAUCUGAUGAACUGUUUUUCAAUUUCUUUUUUCUUUUUCUGUAUCUUAAUUCUCUCUGGCUAGCAAGGUUCAUAAUGUUGGUUAGAGAGGCUCAUGGUUAACCUUUUCUUUUCUUUCCCAUUUUUUUUCUUCUGUUAAGAUCACUUAUCAUUCAUGUAAAAGAAGAAGCUUCAGCUUUUGUGAC